AUGUCGAAUGAAACAGAUGACUAUUUCUAUUAUGACGAUUCAACAAAUAGUUCGUUUACACUUCAAAGAUGUUAUGAAAACUUAUUGACUUCCAGUCAAUUAGAUACAGCAAAAGUGAGUUUGAAACUUCGAACAUAAAAUAAAUAAAUGUUUUUCCUACAGUAUCUAAUGUACUUUUCUGGCGGUUGGAUAAUUUUAUGGUGUCUUAUUACAACGUUGGUGAAUAUUUGUCAUAAAAACUCGGGUCAUCAUCGAUUUAUCCACUUUUUCCAAGAACUUGGGAUAAUUUUUCUUGCAGUUUUCAUGUGUAUUUUGAACUUUGCAUUAGACAGGAAUUAUGUGAGUUUUCCAGAAAAAAAAUAGUCAUAAAAUUUGAUUGAAAGUUUACAGGAUCUUUGUAAAUAUGUGGUGAUUGGGAAUGAUUUUUUGAUGUGUUUUGUAUGCUCACUUUUUCUAAUGGAAGCAUUUUUCGCAUCAUCGUAAGUAUUUUGGAAGAUUUGAAAAAAACGAAUACAUAUAUUUCGGAAUUUAGAAUGGUUAAUGGAAAAUCGGAUAAAAAUGGAGGUUGUCCUGUUGUGAUUUACUAUAUUCUUCCAAUAAUUAUUGCUGCUAUACCAACUGUGGCUUCCUAUUUUCCGGAAAAGGAUUAUUAUGGAACAUCAGGGUUACAGUAAGUUAAUAACUGGAAAAUUUGUUAUCGAGCAAGGGAAAUUUCUGUUUUAGUAUAGGCGUCAGUAAUAAGCUUCAGAAUUUAGAAACUCCCAUUUUCAGCUGUUUUGUAAUCUCCACAGUGGACAUGUUCUGGGCUUUUGUCAUUCCAGUCUGGACAAUCCUCUCCGCCGCAAUUCUCAAAUCUCAACUCUCCUGCAUUUCUUGUGAUCGUCAAAAUGACUCACAAAAUGAAGAUCAAGUGUACUGGUCAAGAAGAUCUGCAAAAUCUCUCACAAUUAUUUCACUAAUGUUAUUUAGUGUUUGGAUGAUGGUUAUGUUGGCUGCCGAACAUCAAAGAUUAUACUUAUUUAUUUUAACUACAGUUUUGGUGAUAUUUUUUGGUCCUACCAUUUUCAUCAUACACACUUUUGGACACCUUAAUGUAAGUUUCAGUUUUUUCAAAAAAGUUUUAAUGUACCGAGAACGUUAUUUCAGACCUGUAGAAAAUGGGCGAGUCCUGGCUGUUUCGGUAAUUUCUAUACAAUGUGUCCACCUAAAGAAAAGCCGGAACGUUCUAGAAAAUACAGUAAACUAGAUGACGAUGAUGAUGAUAUUGAUCCAGUCAAAAAUAACCAAGAUCCUGAGAAAUCUGAAUCUCCGCCUCGACAAAAUCAGGUGGCUGAUUCAAGUCAACCAAGUUCAAAAUCUCCGCCACAGCAAAAGGUUAGUAGUUUUUCAUUCAAGCUUUCAUUUAAAUUGAAAAUAAACUUUUUAGGCACCUUCUGAACAACACACAAAAUCUUCGAAAUUUUACUCCUGGUUGACUGAUAAUGGUGGAGCGCAAAGUAGCAAAGAUGUUUUGUUCACACCGACUCUUUAUUGA